CGAGAAUCCUCACACUCGUCCACUCUUUACACAUCCGCAAUCAUGCAUCUCAUCCGCCGAGCAGCUUUCCGCGCUGCGUCCUCGCACGCAGCUUUCUCCUCGCGCUCCAUCACCACGUCCACCCCUUUCGUUCUACGAACGAAAGCCCAAAGCGCAUUCACACCCUCGAUUUUCCGGCGCUUCAACAGUGAUGAAGCUACUGAGAAGUCAUCAGUAGAGUCUGCUGAUGGCGAGCAUGGUUCCGUUCAAUCGGCCAUCGACUCUGCAACCGAGUCCGCAUCCAGCCACGCAUCAGAGUUCGCUGAUACAGCAGCUGAGACCGUGAGCCAGACGUACGAGCAAGCUACGGAGUCCAUCGCCGAUGGUGCGGCAGCUGUUGGCGCGUAUGCUGGCUCUAAUGCUUAUACACCCCGUGAACCCAGACACGAGAGAGCGGGCGGUCGUGGCCGUCAACCGUAUGACAGAAACGGCGGUGGCAGAGGUGGCUAUGGCGGUGAUCGAGGCAGCUAUGGCGGUGAUCGAGGCGGCUACGGCGGUGAUCGAGGCAUGCAGCGUGCCCGUAACGCAGAGAAUCGCAGCUUCGGACCUGACAAACCCCUGAUCCCUACCCCGGGCAUCUACAUUGGCAACUUGCUUUUCGAUGUCACGGCCGCUGAUCUUGAGAGGGAGUUUGCGCCCUUUGGCAAGAUUGGUUCCGCUGUUGUUGCUACUGAUGCUCGAGGAUUGAGCAAAGGAUUCGGCUACGUCGAGUUCGAAACCAUCAGCGAAGCCGCUGCAGCCAUCGAAGCCAAGAACCAAACCGUCCUCGAAGGCCGCCGCCUGGUUGUAAACUACAUGACCAAGACCAAGCGCGAGUCCUCCGGCGGGAACCCACCCUCCAAGACGCUCUUCAUCGGCAAUCUGGCCUUCGAGAUGUCCGAUGCUGAUCUCAACAAGCUAUUCCGUGAGAUUCGGAACGUCAUCGAUGUCCGUGUUGCCAUUGAUCGUCGAACUGGCCAACCAAGAGGCUUCGCACACGCCGAUUUCGUGGACGUGGAAAGCGCGGUGAAGGGCAAGGAGGCAUUGACUGGAAAGGAGGUUUAUGGUCGUGAAUUGAGAGUUGAUUUCAGUGCUGGUAGCAGGGAGGCAAGGGGUGAUGGUGGUGCGCCACCUUCUGGUGGACGAAUCGGGCAACAGGACAGAUACUGAUCAACUCGCUUGAUCACUUUCAUGUCUGCGCUAGCUAGGUGGUUUAGAAUGUACGAUGGGCUGGAGCUGUGCUGGAGAAGGAUCUGUGCAAUUUGAUGGUAGGAGCACGGGAGUUGUAUCAAAAGUUGCGCGGAGGCAUCAUCGGCCUGGAUGGACUUUGGGGACCCUCAUCUUUCUACCUUGUCUUAAAGCUUUCACUUGCUUGUAAAAUAAGGGAUUCUGCGUUUUGGGACAUUGGCGCAGAAAGACUGAGGAUUUCCAAGAUGUUUUAAAAACUCCGCUCACGGCAUAUUAUGUUUGGAAUGGUUGGUUUCUUUUGUAGGACUACGAAGGGCAAAUAGUAGAUCAAUUAAAUACUGUCUACAACUAAAC